AACUCAUGCAUCUUUUGCUGGAAUUAGAUCAAUGGCAGCGUGUGUGAACGUUAGAGAGAGAGAGAAACACUGGGAGAUGAAGGGAGGAGGAGGAGGCAGACUGCGAAACCACCAUUGGAGAAGUCUGAAGCCUCUUGUCAGUUUCCGUUGUGCAAAUCAGAGAGGAAGAGUUGAGGAAAGCGAAGCUGCGUGUCACAUGGCUUUAGCACUCGCUUAGCGUUUAAAGACCACCAGACGACCAGCCACACAACAGAAACAAGAGCUUUUCCAUGCAGUCGUGGCUGGGAUAAAAUGGAUGACAGGAUUGACGGUGUGCGGGUUGGAGAAAACAAAUUCAUCAGCAAGAGCAGCAUUCUCUCUCAUUUAAAGACCUACAAUCUGUACUAUGAAGGAAAGAACCUGCAGCUACGACACCGAGAGGAAGAGGAGGAGCUGAUCAUGGAAGGACUCCUUAAUAUCUCAUGGGGUUUGCGUCGACCAAUCAGGCUUCAGAUGCAGGAUGACCAUGAGCGAAUCAAGCCUCCUCCCUCCUCCACCUCCUGGCACUCGGGCUGUAAUCUAGACAACCAGAGUCAGGAGGCUCAGAAACAGACUCCACAAACUCCACCUCAGAUGGAAGUGACGCCUCCAGAAGAACAAACAAACAACGGCACAACACAAGACCAUGAGGAAGAAGAUGAAGAAGUGUGUGAUGUCUCCGCUCAGCUUCUCAGAACUAAGAGCGAUGCAGGCGUAUUGAGGCGGGGCCGGAGACGGUCUCCUAGUGACCAGCGGAGAAUCAGACGCCACCGAUUCUCCAUCAACGGUCACUUCUACAACCACAAGACUGCUGUGUUCACUCCUGCAUACGGUUCAGUCACAAACGUGCGGAUCAACAGCUGUAUGACCACGCCACAGGUGCUGCGGGUGCUGCUCAACAAGUUCAAGAUCGAGAACAGUCCUGAUGACUUUGCCCUGUACCUGGUUCAUGCCAGUGGAGAGCGUGUUCAGCUGAAGCGCACCGAUUAUCCAUUAGUAGUGCGAAUCCUUCAGGGACCAUGUGAACACGUCUGCCGGAUCUUCCUCAUGGAGCAGGAUCUAGGAGAGGAGAUUCCUUAUGAAGUGGCACAAUACAUCAAAUUUGAGAUGCCCGUCCUGCAGAGUUUUAUUACUAAACUAAAGGAAGAGGAAGACAGAGAGGUGCAAAAGCUGAAAAGCAGAUACAAGUGUCUGCGGUGUAUCAUUGAGAAGCAGCUGCAGUGUUUGCCUGAGGGAUCCACCUGUAUGUGAGCAGCAUCUUUUUCUGAACACGUUUCACUCCACGUCAAACAGUAGACUUCCAAACUGACUGUCAUCAGCCCUUCCACCCUAAAUACCGUCUCUAAACCACUAAUAUGCAUUGAUAUUUGCUGACCAGUAAAGAAGGAUGGUACAUCUUGUAAUAUAUAUAUAAAAAAAAAUCUUUGUAUAUUUUUCUCUGCGUAUUUGGUGCUGUUGUGAAUCACAUCCAGGUACAAUAAUAUACAAGCACAUUCCACAAAAGCAGGGAAUUUCAUCAUCCAGGGAUCGCUGGAGAGAGCAAUUAUAAUGACAAGCACAAAGUGAUGAAGAUAAAUGCUUGCAGCUAGUAUUACUUGCUUAGUUUAACUCAUUAUCAAGAGUCACGACUGUCUGAUCACUUUAAAUGUUGUUGGAUGUAUUGAGAACAAAUGCGGUCUGAGCCAACCUGUUUUACCAGUACAUAGGGUGACCAGACAUCCUGUCGUAUUUAAUUUUUUAAGUGUCUCUACUUAUAAUGACAAAUGUUCAGUAUUUCACUUUUCUAAACACAUUCUUCAUUUCUGAGUGCUAGUUUUAGUAUUAUGUCAUGCUAAAAUUCUUAAGUAAGAGAAGCCAGUCAUGUCAAAGUUAAUCCUUUGUCACGUACGAUCAGUGUCACAUAAUCAGCUGUUAAAUUAAAAUCUGCUUUUUUAAGUCAGGGAGAACAUGCAAACUCCACACAGAAACGCCAACUGAGCCGAGGUUCAACCCAGCGACCUUCUUGCUGUGAGGCGACAGCACUACGUACUGCACCACUGCCUCGCCUUGUUCUGUGAAAUACGUUUUUUAAAAACAAUCAUACCGGGGACAGAUCGGUGGCAAAUUCGCCAAUAUGGACACCUCGGCGAUAGGCUCAUAUCAGCUGAUAAAAUCGGCAAUGUAGUACUUCUGAAUCCGAUUCAUACUGUUAAUAUUCUUAUUAUAUAGAACAUACUUUUUGAGCGGUUGUGAAGUAAAUUCAAAUUCAAAUGUAGUAUCUCAACGAGUAGUGUGCCAUUUUUGGACAACAGCCCAAGAACUUGUAUCCACCAUCAUCGGUUUACACACAUUGCAUAACAAAUAAUUAACUGCGCUUGAUUGCUUUCGGAAAAUGAAAAAUAGAACAGUCAAAAAUGUAUAUGGUACCAUAGCAAAGAUGAAGUGUAUGUAAAUAUGUGAAAUUCUGAAGGAAUCGUUGCAUAGUGUCACAUGGGAAUGUUUUUUUAACAGCCAAUUAUCAUUGUAUGUACAAAACAUUUGAAACAAGCACACGGAAGGAUUUUUCUAAAAGCAACUCAACCAUAAUCAUAAUAUUGUCUUGUUCAGAACAAGGUAAAUAAUUAGAUUAAUGGCGUUCAUGUGAAAAUACUCUGUGAUACAGUACAGUACAACUUCCUGAAAUCAGUGUUUCCAAUACUAUCUUACGGCAACUCAUAACUUCUUGAUUUAGUAGCUGUAUUUAUUUGUACGAUCUUAUUCAUACAUUUUAGAAUGAUUUGCUAAUCCAACCCCCAACCCCCCACACACACGUUUUAUUUUUUAUAAAAACAUACAAUAUUUAAAAGGAUAUUUUUUUCAUACAAAUGAAAUCAUAGGAAUUUGUAUGAAUUAGACACUUUUCUGAUACUUCAAAUUGUUGUGUUUCCUUGUGAGAUGGGGCUGAUGUUUUAACCAUGGAAGUUUUUAAAGUGUUUGUUUUGUGACACAUUAUAUUUUCCUCAGGAAAGACAUUUAGUAUAAAAAAAAACUCAUUACUUAGAAGGAGAAAAUCUAAUCUAUGUCAAAUAUUCUGAUAUUCCACUUCGAGGAUUCUGGUCACCCUAUAUCAGUAUCAUCCAACUUGACCAACGUCUCUUUUAGACGGUGAUUUGUUUUUGUAUCAGAAUGACAGAAAGAGGUGAAUCCCGUACUGAAGACUGUGAAUUUAAUGAAUGAUUGUAAACAGAAUGAAGUAGGACAAUGUUGUCUGAGUGAAUGAGUGAGUUAGUCUUACUUGUAUGACUGUUUGAGGACCGGGAAAAAGACAGUAUGGCUGUAGUUGCUGAGAAAGAGGUUCAUUACUUUUUUAUUUUUAAUUUUUUUGAUUCUCAUUCACACUUAUGACUGCCUUGUGUUGUCAUAUUUCUGACAUUUCCUCCAGCAUGUGUUUAGUCUAUAUUAUAAUGAUUGUAAAACUGAGAAUAAGAUGAUAAUUAUAUUUAAAUAAAAUGUUAUCAUCAGAAAAUAAACAACAAAUGUUUUGUUUUUAA